GGUAUCCUGUAGCUCGUAGAUACACUUCCGCUAUUCAGCUUCGAUGCUCUGCCUCUUUAGUAACUUACAGAGCAACCCAGACACAUCAAGAAACAAGAUAUUAUCUUUUCUGCACAGUAGAACAGCGUGUGUUGUCGUGUAUCUAACGCGAUGCAGCAUCUCAGAAGGUUGCUAGAUGCGUAUUUCGUGUUGCAGUCCGUGUUUGUGUUGUCGCGGUGUUUCUCUGAACCGGAGCCGGGGCCUAGUGCUGCGUCCCCGGCGAGCGGAGACCGCUUUAAGAUCGAGGGAAGAGCCAUCGUUCCUGGCUUUAAACCACAAGAGUGGGUGUCUUCAGCUCGGGUGCUUGUAGAGGGAGGAGAGUAUGUCGGGUUCUUAAGAACCGACGGAAGCUUUGCCGUGUAUGACAUACCAUCUGGUUCCUAUGUCAUUGAAAUUGUAUCACCAUCCUUCAGAUUUGAGCCUACUCGUGUGGACAUCACCUCUAAAGGCAAAAUGAGAUCCCGCUUGGUGAACUACAUUAAAACCUCAGAGGUUAUCCGACAGCCGUACCCUCUACAGAUGAGAUCCAGUGGACCACACACAUACUUCAUGAAGCGAGAGACAUGGGGCUGGACCGAUUUCCUUAUGAAUCCGAUGGUCAUGAUGAUGGUCCUGCCAUUACUCAUCAUCGUUCUGCUCCCAAAGGUGGUCAACACCAAUGAUCCUGAAAUGAGAAAGGAAAUGGAACAGUCCAUGAACAUGCUGAACCCCAACCCAGAAUUGCCAGAUGUUUCUGAAUUUAUGACCAAACUCUUCUCCAAGGGAUCCAGCAAGCCAGGUGGAGGCAGCAAAGGCAGUAGGAAUGCUGCUUUAAAGAGGAGGUAGUGCUAUGAACUGAAGGUUUUUUUUUUCUGUUUUCCUGUUUUGUGAUCUGUGUUUUAUUUUUCAUCUACAAUCUCUUAAGAUCAUAACCUAGGCUAACUUUGUGGGGUAACCAGCUUGAUUUGUCAGGGCUAUGUUUAAUGUUUGUAUUGUCCAGUUCAUGUCUUUUUUUUUUUUUCUUUUUUUUUUUAAUUAAAUGAUAUUCCAACCACAUGUAACAGUUAAUAUAUUUGUGUGUUGCACCUCCUGGAAUGCAUAGUUGAUAGGAAAAUAUCAUUUAAAACAAUUUUAAGAGGCACCAUUAAAAGUACAGCUGAAUUCAUUCUAUUAUGGGUCGUUGGACCAAGAUUUAUAUUUCUCGAUGUCCUUAAGACGGUAAUGUAUGCUUUUAUUGCUGCUGCAGCUGAGAUUCCUAAAACAGAUCCUCUUUAGGGUUGAGGCCGAUGCAGUUUCGGUCCCAUCGGAGCUGGAGCUCAGGGUAAAGUUGGUUGAAAUGUGUAAUGGUUUGUGGACCUUCAGAGUUUCAGUUCCAUUCUACAGUUCAGCCUAUUGUGAUUGUCAAGUUGACCCCAACCCAGUUUUCAUAACUACUUGAAGCAGAGCUUUUACUUUGAAAUAUUCCUUAAUAUUCUGUUGAAUUUGUACAUGACUGUGAAUGGAGAUGAUAAAUGCAUAAAAAUUUUAGCUAAGAAAUAUAAACAUAUUUAAACCGAAUGGUAAUAAAUUGUGAUGGACAUUU